AUGAAGAACACAAAGAUUAUUCAACUGAAAAAAAGUUUGACGCAUGUCAACAUUGUUAAAGAAGGAUUCCUACCCCGGAGUCUAAAAAUACUCCUCCCUACUUUCAUUUUGCUAAGCAAUGCGAGGACAGUAAUAUCCAAAAUGUUCCUAAAUAUAAUUCUGCUCUUUAUAUAUUCUUUGUCAGGUGUUUGCAGUUCAGUAAUUGGUAUUGAGCCAAACCAGCCUAUUCUUGUAAAUAUAAAUCAGCUGAAUACUUCAGUGAUUGUAAGGAAUCUGAGUGACGACAUUAGUUAUGUAACUUGUCAAGUUCAUUCCCAAACAAAGGACUUAACACUUUCUUCCUCUCCAACUCCGGGCAUUGGGAGAUCUAUAACUGGGGUAGAUUUGGGAAUGGUCAUAGUCCUUGAAGCCAAUCAAACAGAAGUCACAUGGUACAUAAUGUCCAAUCAAAGUCAAGACGUUCAGGCUCUUGUUGCAGUUUUUCCAAUAUCAGGAAAUGCCCCUUUGAUUGGUGGGUGCAAUCUGGAGUUCCCUCUGGAGAAUGAUGCCAAUCUUCUAGUUUCUUAUACAACCACCAGGAACGUUGUAGAAUUCCAGUGGGCUAACACCCCUCUUGGUCCUAGAUCCACCCCCAGGCAGAUCAUUCCUACGUGUGAGGACCAAGUUUACCAGGACUUGUUGGAGUACAGUAUACACGUUAGAUACCUUCCAGGAAAUAACCUUUCUCCAGAGAGGUACUUUGAAGCACUGAAAAAGAUGUUGACCCCUGAAGAUAUCAUUCAGAAUGGUGUGAAGGUUUCAUCAAUGACAAAUAGAGACAUUUCUCAAAAACCUGAAUUCCUGAUGGCAGCAUACCCAGGAACAGGAGUGGUUUAUACGAUGGUUGUUACGGCAAAGACCCCUACAGGGGUUACCACGGCAGCCUACUUUCCCAAGGUCACUUACAGCUGUGAUUUACAGCAGAGGGAUGGCUGUACAAUGUAUGGGGCAGCAUGGCUAGGACUUUGUUGUGUACUAGGCGUUGUUGGAGUUUUCCUCAGUAUUUUGGGACACAGAUUCUUUAAGACAGGUCUCUUUCUUUGUGCCUUUUUGGGAUUCAGCAUUAUUUACUACAGUGUGUUGUCUCUAUAUUCAACCCAAAACUAUAUAGUACUACUGUCAGUGACCGUGAUUCUGAGUGUGGUUUCUGCCACCCUGUGGGUGGUGAUGUACGAGUUCCUUGGGGUGGCCACUAUCUCAGUACUGCUCAGCGGUCUCCUAGCAGGCUACCUCUUCUCCAGUAUUGUUUUCUAUACGCCCUUUGGAAAUCUUUCAUACUGGAACAGACCAUUUAAUUAUGCCAUGGCCUUCACAUGUGGAGUCUUAGCCAUCCCUGUUUUUAUCCUUGCUUAUACCAAAACGCUCAACAUCCUGUCCUGUUCCUUCGUUGGGACGUACCUGAUAGUUCUAGUCCCAGAUAUGUUUCUAAGCAGUGGGAUGAAGUAUGUUGUAUUGACCUCCAUCAGACAUUCCACAGACGUUGGCUAUGUCAACGUCCUCAAUACAGCACCUUUUACCAUUAAAGAGAUCAUUCUGACAGGUGUCUGGUUUCUGCUGUUUCUUCUGGGAGCCUUUAUCCAGUUUUAUCGGGACUGGGGUCGCCAAGAUUUCCCUAGCAGUAGAAGGAGAUGUGGGAGGAGGGUAGAACCAGAAAAUGACAGGGUACCAGCCCGGUACAGUGUGGAUCCUGAAGAGGACUCAGGGGAGGAUCCAGAUGAGCGGUCUCCACUCCUCAGACACACAGUGAACGGCCAUCACAGAGACAGAGCGCUGAUUCCUCCAUCAUGAGUCGGUGUCAGACUGUCAGUGUGAUCAAGGGACAUCAUUCUCCUGCAUCGCCAUGUAUUCUUUCUAUAGGUCACCUCAGGCACUUAACAUAGGAACUUGCUUAACAUUUGUAAUGGAAUGUCAUGCCAGUUUUCACAAAUGCUUCCAGGUAUCUACAUGUUACAAAUACAAUGAUCAAUGAAUACAAUCGAUGAAUUUGCAGGUCUGUGUCUCAGGAUGGCCUUAGAUAAGCGACCAAUUACUUGUUUUCUACUCCUACUUUACCUCAUAGCGGUGGGACCAAAUCUACUUAAUUGAUACAUGGAUGAUGCAUUGAUAAAGAGAUUUGAUUUUUAGUCUUGAUCCUCUUUAAGACAUACUAUAUGCAUUAGAUAUGAAAUCCAUAACCAUUGGCUUUGAGUAUAUGCAUCUCUACACAAAUGUAUCUUGCAUCAAAUGCCAAAACAUGCAAUAUAAAUGUCCUACAGUUGGCUGUGUAUUCUAUGCAGCAAUUUUUAGCAGAACACAUCACAUCUCCCAAUCAAUCAAGUACUGUUGAUUUUUAUUUUAUGAGAGUACUUAAUUCAGUCGUUUUCCAUCAAAUCGCGAGAACAUAAAAUUGCGAAUGCCAAAUUUUUAUCAUAGUUUCAUGUAGUUAACAUAUGCCCGAAAAAUAAAAGCGAGAUUUUAAAAUUCUUGAGAUAUGCCUCUCACAAUUUUUCGUGGAUAUUAAUUCUUCACACUUAUUAGGAAUCUACAGUACAUCCCCAUAUGUCAGUCAUGUAUUUG